GGUGAGAGAUUAACAAAUUAAACAUGAUGGUGAAGUCUGUAAGCGGCGGGCAUUGCGACUCUGAUGAUCACAAAAAGCCGCCGCACUUGAGUCAGCAUGACCGGAAGCCAUGCACUGAUGAUGGCGACGAUGUUCCGGCCGGGGACGACGGCGUUUCUGAGACCGGCCGCAGCGGCACGAGCGAGGGUGGAUGGAGCUUUCUUGUGGAGGAGCUGGCAAAUAAAAAUGCACGGCCGCAACAAGGGGCGGCAGAGGCGGGGGCCGAGGGAGUGUCCCCGCCUCUGCCUCUGCCGCCUCCGCGGCGUAAGAGCCGCUCCUUAUCCGCACUGAGUACGAAAAGCCUAGAGAUGUGUACCGAGGGCUUGGGCUGCGAAACUGGCUUCGAUAUGACUCGGAGCAUUGAGGAAUUGAUUGGGAAGCCGCCGCCGGCAGCGUCGGAACCAUCACCGACGAAGCCGGCGGGGAUGAUUUCGGGUGACAAAAUCAAGGCCCGCUUCCCGCCUCCGCUGACUUCAACGACCAAAGGUCGGGCGGGACUUGGUGAUGGGGUGAAGAUGAUGCGGCCUCGUCGGGAAGGCGGCCGGUUGGUGUUGACUGCCGUCUCCGUAACCCGACCCGACUUUUUCUUCCUGUCAACCAGAUCAGAUGGGAGGCUCAUGCUUUCCUUCAAACAAUAGUUCCGAGAUUGAUGAUGACGACAACAAUGAAGUUUCAAAUGAAGAUUAAUACUACGUACCCUAUAAUUUUGCUUUUUGUGGGUGGCUUCCCCACAACGCUUUACUUUUGUGGAGAGAUCCUUCUCCUUUUCUUCUUCCCUCUCACACUAAAACACCCACACUUCUAUUCAUAUUCAUAACUUUUUCUUUCUUAUCGUUCCAAAAUGUUUGCCCCCGUUCACUUUUAAUACUUCCU